GUUGGAAAGAGCGGACGCGCGUUGCAGGGGGAGGGAUUUCUUUAGUCCCCGCCCCUUGCUCGUGCACGGGGGGGCGGGGUGGCCUCUCCUCUGGGGCCCAUGGAGCUGCCCACCAUCCACAAGUGUCUCCAACUCAAUAAUGAAAACGAACAGCUACUUAGGAAGCUGAAAAGGCUGCGUAGAAAAAAUCAACAGCUAGAAAAUGAUUUGGCUCAGAUCCAGGAGAAACUGCAUCUGGAGCAGUUAAUGCAUGACUAUGUCACAAGCAGAGAUGUUCAGGUUCAAACAGAAUCCCACUUAUGGCACGAGGGAGAUGGCAGUCACAACAAGGAAAUGAAAGUAGCAAGCAAAAGUGCUAGAAUACUUCAGAUGUAUAAUAACCUGCAGAAACAUUAUGACAGAGAAAUCAAAAUAAACCAGGAACAAAGUGAAACAAUUAAAAAUCUCACUAUUAAAAUUCAUGAGCUAGAGCAUCAACUUCAACUACAAAAGCAAAGAAUUGAGCAGCUGGAAUGUAAAAAGGUCUCCCAGAAGGACAGCACUGUUUCUGGAGUAAGGACUCCAACAGCAGAGAGAGAAGUAACAUUUUCUCAUAGAUGCAUAUGUAAAAAGAAGGAAGCCUGUUCUUGCAAAUAUUUAGAGCUAUUGCUGCUUGAGAUUCAAAAGCUGAAGAAAAAAAAUGAGAAGUUGUCUAGAGAAAGGAGAAUGCAAAGAAAUGAAUUACCUGGAUUAGACAAGAUGACUACAAGAUGUGUGUGGCAGGUUACAAAACCAACAUUGACUCCCUUCUCCAAAGCACUUAGUCAAAGUAAAAACAAGAGAAGAACACAGUAAAAUCUGGAGGCAUCUUUAUCAUGUAGUCUCUUUUGAAAGUAAUAGAUUCUGUGUCAUCUUUCAAGCUAGUGUAAUCUGGGUGAUUACAUUCUGCCUACUAUUGCUAAACUUCCUCUGUAAGUGAUUGGGAUAUGCUAUUCUUUUUCUGUCCUAAACUCAAUCUUUCAGAUUGCCUGUGCAAGUCAUUGCCUUGAUUCCUCCAUUACUGAAAUCCGUAUCCAUACCUUAGUCUCCUCUCUCCUUGACUAUUGCAGUUCCAGUCUUUAUGGACUCACUCCUAACUCUCAGCUCUCCAGACUCCAUGAUGUGUGGAAUUCUGCUGUCUGGCUUUUGCAAAUACAGGGAAAUGUAACUACAUUUCCAUUAUCAGACGCCUCUUUUGGCUCCUGAUUCACUUUGAGAUCCCAUUGAAACCCCUUUGGUUUUUAAAAUUUUCACUGAUUUGUUCCCUGUGUCUUUGUGGACUUUGUUUUCUCUCUUGAAUCCAUUUUACUAUCUCUGUCCACACCACUGGGUUUGUGUGACUACCUUUCCUUCUUGCCAUUUAGAACUACCUUUUUGUCUUUCUGCAACAUUAUCUCUUCUCUCCUUUCCUUCUCUCUUAAUUUCUCUUGCUGCUAUCGUAUUUUUUACUUUAAUUUUAUUAUUUGUCUGUAAAAUAUUUUGAAACUGUUUGUAUGAAAGAUGCGAUAUGUAUACAAAUUGUAGGCUGUUGUGCAGUAUUGCAGUUAACUGUCACAUCUCAGUUCAGAUGUGGUUGCAGCCUCACUGGUGACCAAAGUGAUUCCUAUGUGUAUAAUUUGAAGAGUACUCUGAGGGUACGUCUACGCAGCCCACAGCAGUGAGUGUCAGAGCCCGAGUUGAUAAACUUGAUGUCGCUAUGUAGAUGGUUGUGUAGAUGUUCCGGCUCCGGCUCUGAAGCCCACCUCCCUCACCAGGCUUCAGAGCCUGAGCUCUGGCCCCAGCUGCAAUGUUUAUGCAGCAGUUUUUAGCAUGUUAGUGGAAGUUUGAGUCUAUCGACUCGGGCUGUGAGACUCGCUGUGUCUGUAGGCUGAAGAAGGGGAAAAUUUUGAUGUAUGACCAUAACCUUCCAAUGGCUAAUGGGAAAUGUAACGA